AUGCCUUUUAAAAACUUUCAACGACGGGUUAGUGGUCCUGGUGCUUACUGCAACAAUUACAUACAGAGCAGGCAAGACAACACGGAGUUUCUGCAGCUCAGCCAAACCCAACUGCAUCAGUCAUCGGUGAACAUCGGGUUCAGUAACAUUGUUUACAAUAGUGCGAAUAGUGAACCACUCAACAGUUCCCGAAGCGGCUCGACAUCGUUAGCAGUGAUUGACAAAUCCACCACCCCGAAGGCGGAAUCGAGCGACCAGAAGUCGGGCCCGAAGUACAACGAUCUGAACAAAACAUCACUCUCGGUGGAGGAAAGCAAUCUCAACUUUAACUUCGUCAAGAGCAAUGGCAAAUCGGUGUCGGCCAACAACUGCAGCGGCUCGUACAAGGGUUUAGCGAGCGGCGGAGGCACCAACAACGGUGCCGGGACGAGCGCGCAGCCGCCCGGGCACGGUGGCAGCACUGCCGGUGGCAGCUACCCGUGCAAGAAAUGUGCGGUCAGCAACAACCUUAGCAACCCGCCAACGCUGCACCUGGGUGGGGCCGGUGGUGACGGCCAGCACUACCAUCACGUGUGUCACGAUCCGUCGCACGAUAACGCGACCAACAGCCUUAAAAAUUCGCCGGCACAUGGCGGUUCGGGCUCGUCGGGCCGGGCUGCGAACAUCAUAGCGUCAUCGGCUCCGGCCAAAUCGGGUGCGUCCGGCAGUAGUGGCAGCGGCGGCGGCAAGGGCAGCACCCUCAUCAGCUCCUGCCAGGGUUCGUUCCAUUCGCUGCAGGGCGGCGGUUCGAUCAGCGUGGACGGUAACGGGUCGACCCUACCGCCGUACGGUCACCACAGCGUGUCGUCGAGCGGUGCCCAGACUGCGUCCGGUGGGUCGAUGCAACAUGCCUGCAGCAACCUGCUGUCCCAUCAUCAGGUUCAGCCGCGCCUGAGCUACUCCACCAGCCACACGGACUCGCCGAACGGUAGCGGCACGGUGCUGUACAACCGGUCGCGCAUCAACAGCCACAGCAACAGUGCGACGCCCGGCGAGCUCGAGCGGGGUGGCAGUGUAGCGGGCGGCAGCAGCAACGGCGGUGGCACCAAGCAUCAACAGCAGCAGCAGCAGCACGCCCCCAACUACAACGUGUUCAGUGUGAACUACGAGCGGAAAAGUGCCAGUAUCGGGGGUGUCGCCAGUGGUAGCGGUGUCGGGUACAGUGGUAACGGGGGUAGUAGUGGUGGUGGUGGUGCCAGUGGUAGCAGUAACGGUAACGGUAACGGUAGCAAAACGAUAAACAAUAGUAGCAACAAAAGCAAUAACAGCAACGGUGCCAUCAACGCGUCCAACAGCGGGAACAGCUACAGCUAUCACGCGAGUGAUAUUAGCCAGCUGCGCAACAUCAUCGAGCUGAACAAGCAAGUGAACGAUCUGAACUCGAAGAAUGUCGAGUACAACCGGCAGCUGAGCGCACCGGCCGAGAACAAUAUCAACAAGAGCAGCAGCAACUGCUACAGCAACAGUGUCUACAACCUGUUUUCCAAUCACAUUUUGCCUCAGUAUCACAGCAAUUCGCCCAACACUAAUAGCUUAAACCGUGCGAAGAAGAAGCGCAGCUACAAGCUCAAUGGCAGCAGAUUGUUCAGUGCGGCCAGCUCCGAUUCGAUAAGGUUCCAUUCGAAUCUCUCGAAUCAAAACGAUACCGAUCUGCGUGUGUCGAUCGACAACACCUGCACGGACUCACUGGUGACCGCACUGGAUGAUGAGGCGCUGCUAAUCACCGACUACAUGAACGACAUGGCUAAAUCGAAGGUACAUUUUGAUGACGUGUCCCUCUAUGGCACACCGAAGGAGGAACCGCUUCCCAAUAUUCCUCCUUCCAUAGAGAAACCGUCAUCGAAUUUCUUAAAGAAUCAGCUGCAAGCAUGGUUCCAACCGACCGACAAUCGGCUUGCCAUGAAACUGUUUGGCAGCAAAAAAGCGCUAGUGAAGGAACGGAUUCGUCAGAAAACGGCGGGCCACUGGGUCAUACAUCCGUGCAGCUCAUUCAGAUUUUACUGGGAUUUGUGCAUGUUGCUUUUGCUGGUAGCGAACUUGAUCAUCUUACCCGUAGCGAUAUCAUUUUUCAACGACGACCUGAGCACCAGAUGGAUCGCAUUCAAUUGCUUGAGUGAUACAAUCUUCCUUGUCGAUAUAGUGGUCAAUUUUAGAACAGGUAUUAUGCAGCAAGACAAUGCGGAGCAGGUGAUACUCGACCCGAAGCUUAUUGCAAAGCACUAUCUGAAGACGUGGUUUUUCCUGGAUUUAAUAUCGUCCAUACCGCUCGAUUACAUUUUUUUAAUAUUCAAUCAGAUGCAAAAGUACAGUCAGGAUUUCUCCGAUUCGUUUCAACUGCUACACGCUGGCCGAGCCUUGCGCAUACUUAGACUGGCCAAGCUGCUGUCGCUGGUGAGGCUUCUGCGGCUUUCCCGGCUCGUGCGCUACGUCUCCCAGUGGGAGGAAGUCUAUAUACUUCAAA